UUUUAGGAUUCAUUAUUGGGAACGAGAAUGUGGUUUAUGGGUUUCUCAACUCAUCACAAGCGAGAUUUGUUGAAGUACUCUGUCUAUAAGUUGUGGAGCAUGGAUCUUCCUUGUGUUAGUUCAUCAUUCGUGGUCAACCUGGGGAAGCGUUACAAACAAUUUGAAUCUUUUGCAGUAUAUUGUACUACUGAGGCAGUAAGCAACAAUGAUGACAAGGGCAUUAACCAGAUACCAUUGUCAAAGAGCUUAGCCUGUUUAAUCGAUGAAUCUUCUACUCCUACCAAGACAAGGCAGAAGACCCGAAUGGAAUUGAAGAGGUUAAUUGAAAUGCGCAUCAAGAAAAGAGUGAAGGAGCAAUACAUAAAUGGAAAGUUUCAGGGCCUAAUGAGAAAGGUUAUUGCCAAUCCAAUGACUCUUUGUGAUGCUUACCAAUGUAUUAAGCUCAAUUCCAAUGUCGAUUUAGAAUCAGAUGACAAUGAUAUGCCUUUUGACUCAAUGGCAGAUGAGCUCUUGAAUGGGGGUUUUGAUAUCCAUGCCAACACCUUCUCUAUCUCAACAAAGGGGGAAAGGAAAGAGGUCUUGGUCCUUCCUAAUUUGAAGCUGAAGGUCAUCCAACAAGCAAUCAGUAUAGUUGUAGAUGUUGUUUAUAGGCCUCACUUUUCUAAAAUUUCUCAUGGCUGUCGGAGUGGAAGAGGUCAUCUUUCAGCAUUGAGGUACAUCUGCAAAGAGAUCCAUAAUUCAAAUUGGUGGUUCACGUUACAUGUGAGAAAAAAUGUUGAUGACAAUGUUCUCACUAAACUCAUCUUAACCAUGGAAGAGAAGAUUGAAGACCCUGAUUUGUUUUCUAUCAUCCGUAGCAUGUCUGAUGCUGGAGUGCUGAACUUGAAAUUUGGGGGUUUCUUGAAAGGCCAUGGUCUUCCACAGGAGGGUGUGUUAUCUCCUAUUUUAAUUAAUGUAUAUCUUGAUUUAUUUGACCAAGAAUUUUACAAAAUGUGUAUGACGUAUGAAGCUCUUGAUUCUGAUGUUAACGCCUCUGAAGAUGGUUCCAGCUCCAAGCUGCGUAGUUGGUUUCGAAGGCAGCUAAAAGACAACAACAAGAACAACAACAACAAACACCCAGGUGAUAUGAAUUCUGGUUUAAGAUUACAUGCUUGUCGCGUCAUGGAUGAGAUAUUUUUUGCUGUUUCAGGCCCCAAAGAUGUUGCUCUCAAGUUUAAGGCUGAGGUGCAAAACUAUCUUGAGCACACAUUAUAUUUAGAUGUGCAUGAUCAGAUGGAAAUCUUGUCAACCAGUGAUCCACGUGGUAUUCGGUUUCUUGGCAUUGCGGUGAGAACAAGUGAGAGAGAAAAUCCCUCUGUUAGAGCUGUUCAUAAAUUGAAGGAGAAGGUUCAAUUAGUUACUUUGCAGAAACAAGAAGCCUGGGAUGCUGGGAUGGUUAGGAUCGGGAAGAAGUGGCUUGCUCUUGGUUUGAAAAAGGUUAAAGAGUCAGAGAUUAAGCAUUUGGCUGAUAGCAGCUCUGUCUUGUGCCAAAUUUCAUGUUUCCGUAAAGCUGGGAUGGAGACAGAUCACUGGUUUAAGGUCUUAUUGAAGAUUUGGAUGCAAGAUGUGAAUGCCAAAGCUGUAGACAAUGAGGAGACUGUCUUAUCCAAGUAUAUCGCAGAACCUUCCAUUCCAAAAGAACUAAGAGAUUCCUUCCACAGUUUUCAGAAGUGUGCGGAAGAAUAUAUUUCCUCUGAGACCACUUCAACUCUCGCGUUGCUGCCCAAUUCCAACUCCAGCACCCAAUCUACUAUCAUCAUAGAAAUUCUGGCCCCUGUUAAUGUUAUCAAGAAGCGUCUCUUACGAUAUGGUUUGAUCAACAGUGAGGGACAUGCCCGUCCUGUUUCUGCACUCAUCUUGCAAGACAACAUCCAAAUCAUAGAUUGGUUUUCUGGUCUCAUCUGCCGGUGGCUUAGGUGGUACAGUAAAUGUGACAACUUCAGUGAAGUUAAACUUAUGAUUGUUAAUCAUGUAAGGAAGUCUUGCAUCCGGACACUGGCAGCAAAGCAUCGACUGCAUGAAAUUGAGAUUGAGAAAGUGUUUGGGUCAGAGCUUAGUGUGCUCCCAUCUAACCUAGAGAUGGAGAUAGAGAUGACACAUGAGAUAUCAGAAUUUCAGGUUUUUGAUGCUGAUGAGGCAUUGAUGUAUGGCAUUUUCUCUAGUGGCUUAUGUUUACUAUCUCUGGCAAGAAUGGUAAGCCAGGCACGGCCUUGCAACUGUUUUGUAAUAGGGUGCUUGGUUGCAGCACCAUGUGUUUACACUCUUCAUGUGAUGGAAAGACAGAAAUUUCCAGGUUGGAGAACGGGAUUCUCUACAGCAAUCCAUCCCAGCUUGAACAAAAGGCGAGUUGGGCUUUGUAAGAAACAUGUAAAAGAUUUGUAUUUAGGUCAUAUAUCACUUCAAUCCAUUGAUUUUGAUGCUUGGAGAUGAUGAUUUUCCAUAA